CGUUCAUCUCCCCCUCCCGCCUCCAAAACCCUAACCCUAAAAAUCACAGCCAUGGCGCUGUACCUCCUCUUCGAGUCGGCGUCCGGCUACUCCCUGUUCCACGCGUACGGCCUCGACGAGAUCGGCCAGAACACCGAGGCCGUCAAAAACUCAAUCUUGGACCUCACUCGCUUCGGCAAGAUCGUCAAGUUCGAAGCUUUUCACCCUUUCGCCUCCGCCCUCGACGCCCUAAACCAAUGCAACGCCAUCUCCGAGGGGAUAAUGACUGAAGAACUGAGCAAUUUCUUGAGUGUGAAUCUUCCGAAGGUGAAGGAUGGGAAGAAGGCUAAGUUUAGCCUCGGGGUUUCCGAGCCGAAGGUCGGAUCCCAGAUUGCUGAGACGAUCAAGAUCCCUUGCCAGUGCAAUGAGUUUGUGAUGGAGCUGCUGAGGGGAGUCAGGCUGCACUUCGAUAGAUUCAUUAAGGAUCUCAAGCCGACAGAUUUGGAGCUGGCGAGAUUGGGACUAGGGCACAGUUACAGUCGGGCGAAGGUGAAGUUUAAUGUGAAUCGAGUUGAUAACAUGGUGAUUCAAGCUAUAUUCCUGCUUGAUACCCUGGAUAAGGAUAUUAACUCAUUCUCCAUGAGGGUCAGAGAGUGGUACUCAUGGCAUUUUCCUGAGCUAGCGAAGAUUGUGAAUGACAACUAUUUAUAUGCCAAAAUUGCAAAGCUUGUCCAGAACAAAUCAGAAUUAUCUGAGGAACACAUUCCACAGUUGGCAGACAUACUUGGUGAUGAAGAUAAAGCGAAGGAAGUUGUUGAAGCAGCCAAAGCAUCCAUGGGACAAGAUCUAUCUCCGCUUGAUCUGAUUAAUGUCCAGCAGUUUGCUCAGAGAGUUAUGGACCUCGCUGAGUACAGGAAGAAUCUCUACGAGUAUCUCGUCACAAAAAUGAAUGAUAUAGCACCUAAUUUGGCAUCACUAAUUGGUGAAGUUGUUGGUGCUCGUUUGAUUUCUCAUGCUGGAAGUUUAUCAAAUCUGGCCAAAUGCCCUGCUUCUACUCUCCAGAUACUUGGCGCAGAGAAGGCUCUUUUCAGGGCUCUGAAAACACGUGGAAACACUCCAAAAUAUGGCCUCAUCUUCCACUCUUCUUUUAUUGGACGAGCAUCUGCUCGCAACAAAGGUCGCCUAGCUCGUUAUCUUGCAAACAAAUGUUCCAUAGCUUCUCGAAUUGACUGCUUUUCUGAAUCAAAUACCACUGUGUUUGGGCAAAAGCUACGUGAGCAAGUUGAGGAGAGACUGGAUUUCUAUGACAAGGGUGUUGCCCCGCGUAAGAACAUUGAUGUAAUGAAGGCUGCAGUUGAGACUGUAUUGAAUGAUGGUUCCCAAAAAGCUGAUGAAAUGGAUAUUGAGAACGGUGCUGAUGACGCUUCAGCAAAGAAAAGCAAGAAGAAGAAGAAAUCAAAAGAUGCUGAUGCCAUGGAAGUAGAUAAAUCUACUGUUACGAACGAGGACACUCCUGCUGAGCCAACAACUGAAAAGAAAAAGAAGAAGAAGAAAGACAAGUCUAACCGAGAGCAAGAGGUGACCACUGAAGGAGUUAAUGGUGAAAAUGUUGACGGUGCUGAGCAGAGUGGAACGGCCAAGAAGAAGAAGAAGAACCGUGAAGUUUCAGAUGAUGGCGAUGUUGAAAUGGCUUCUACAGCGAAGAAGAAGAAGAAGAAGAACAAGGUGAGAAAUGAGGAAGAUGAGUAGCUAUUAAGAUAGUUGGUAUUUAUUGGAUGGAUAUAUCGGCACUAGAGUUGUUUGUGUGACUUCUAUGUUUUAAUGUCUAUUUACUUGUAGAAUCCAACUGUUCCUUGAAUGCAAUUUUGUUAUCGUCCA